CGUUUAUGAAAACAAGAAAAGCGUGCACCGCACCGGAUUACAAUCGCGCGUAAUUUUUUUUAUGUGCCUUUGUUACUUAACAAAAGUUGGUGAAAAUACUCUUAACUACGAGAAAUGGAUGAAACAGUAUUAUUUCCCUCGCCUAACUGGUUCCAAGUGUCAGGUUUAGCGUUGAGCAACGACGGUUGGCUAGUUUACGGCGGUCCAAGCAAAAGUCUUUGUGUCUUAAAGCCUGUGCCAGCUGAUGCGAAUGGCGUGGUUGAAGGUGCCGAGCAAUAUACUGCACGUGUCUUGAACAGAGCACAUCCUGACAAGAUUGUAAGUGUAGACAUAUCGCCUGAGUGGCCAGAGAAGAAGCUGGUGCUGACGGGAAGUGCUAGUGGCUCUGUAAAACAAUGGAGUUUAGAGGAUGCAAAUGGAGGAAUAAAAUUCAUAUCCAAUCUUAGUCAUGACAUCCACACUCAUGAGAAAGAGGAAAUAGUUGGUGUUGCGUACAGCAACGAGGUGAAUGCUGUAACAGUGGGCAGUUUCGGUAACAUUGUGAAAUGGGACCUAAAUGCCAAUGUGGUAAAAACAUUCAACAACAUGUUAAAGACAUUUAAGCCAACAUGCAUGGCCUGCUCCCACCACAUCACGCUCAAUGUGGCCAUUGGUACCAAGCAGGGAGUUCUGUUUGUGGUGGAUUUGAGUGGUGCUGGCAGCCUUAUCUACAAAGUACGCAGCCAAGAUGACGAAAUCAUGAAUGUGAGCUGGUGUCCCCAAUAUGAAGUCCAAGUUGAAAAAUCUGUUGAUGAAUCCCAAAGAACUGGCAUUGUUACUGAAAAACCUAGCAAGUCCAAAUCAAAGAAGGGAGCGGCUCAGAAAGAGCCUCAAAAGUCUAGUGCCUCUGAUAGAAUGGAAAGAAUCAGGCAGCAACAAGACCUAGAAGUAAAGAAUACUUCUGGAAUCAAAAAGGAUCUUCCCCAAGACAGUUUUGAAGAUUUUGUAGUUGUUCCCGAAGAUGACAUGUUUGAUAUCUAUAAAGACCAUGAAGCAGAUGAGUUUGGACACAAAAAAUAUGAACCAGAGGAUAUACUAGUAAAAAUCAAGGAACCCAAGGAACAGAAUGAUUAUUUGGCUGAAUGCUUAAAGCUUAAAGAUGCUAUCCUAAAGAAAAAUAAUGAACCAGAGCCCUCAAUAGAGUCCUUAGUAGAGGCACUUGAGAAAAGUGAUAUAAACAGUGAAAGUGGUGUAAAAGGAGAAUUACCUAGUGGUAGUAAGGUUAUUAGUGAAUCUAGUCAAGAAGAAACCAGUUGUAGUAGGGAGGAGCAAGAGGAAUCUUGUUCUGUGUCUAGUGUGCACAUGCAUAAGCAUUUGUUAGCAACAAUUGGGAAACAUGGUGGUGUUCGCAUCUGGUCAAAGACGGGCAAGCUUGUGGCUAGCUGCGCCUUGACCGCCGGGAAGCAACAACAAGGCCGCUUCAGGAAUUCUUGGGCCACGUUGGCGUGGUGCCAGCCUGAGCUGCUGCUCAUAGCUGAUGGGAAGAACCAGGUGUUGGAGUGCAAUCCACUGAAACCUGAUUGCAAGAACAAGCUGGUAACGAAGCUGGUUCACACUCUGCAUAAGCGCGGGUUGCACUGCGUGGCCACCAACGCUUGGCGGGCGAACACCGCCACGCCCGUCGCUUGGAGCGUGUCGCAGGACCGCUCGCUCGUCCGCUACAGCCUGUGCGACCGCUCCACUACCGUGUACAACACGUGUGGGGGCUUCGUCUACAACGUGCAGUAUUGUCCGUAUGAUGUCAGCAAGGUAGCGGUGAGCGUAGGCGACGGUGCCGUCCGCGUGUGGACGGCCGAGGAGGCCGAGGAGGCGGAGGGCAAGCUGUCGGCCGGCCGCGUCGUCACCUACUGGCAGCACGUGCAGGGCAAAGUGCUCACCGUGGCCUGGCAUCCUAGUAGGGAGAACUUGCUGGCGUUUGGAACCGCUGAAUCUAGGGUGGGGCUGAUCGAGGCGGGCGGGGUGGAGCGGCCUGCGCGCGCGCUGGGCGCGGGGCCGGCGGGCGGCGUGUACGCGCUGGGCUGGGGCGCCCGCCGUCUGUACGCGGCCGCGCGCCAGGAGCUCCGGGCCUACUGUCCCGAGCGACCCGACGAACCCGGGACGCCGGUGCCGGUGUCGGUGGAGGGCGCGGAGUGGGGUGUGAGCGCCGUGCGCGUGCGCGACGGCCUCAUGUGUGUCGGCAGCGACGCGGGCGGCGUGGCCGUGCUCCACGAGCACGGGGCGAGGCUGCUGGCGGCGACCUUCGUCGGCAGUAAAAUGAUACACACCAUCGAAUGGCACCCACAACAGACCUCCUUCUCCAACGAGGAGUCUAAGCACAAGAAUUUAAUCGCUGUGUGCUCACAGGAUAAGGCGAAUUCGGUCUUUAUAUUGGAGUAUGUCAAUAAAGAAGAAAACCAUCCGAAGUUGGUAGAAUACAAGAGGCUCACCGGACACACGAACACGGUCCUGCAAGUGGCGUGGAGCCCCCAUCAUGAAAUGAAACUCUUGUCGACUUCGCACGAUGGCACCGUGAGGGUAUGGGACGUAGAGGCGGGCACCUGCGUGUCGAUAUUCGGCGGGCACGGCGGCACGGCGCUGGGCGCGGCGUGGGUCGCGCAACCCUCCCUCCCGCACCACGUGCUGUCGGGCGGGGCCGACUGCUGCCUGCGGCUGUGGGACGCGCGCCAACACCCCGCCGAGGCCUACCGAGGUAUGUCGUGCAUACUCGACACAACCCUCCCUCCCGCACCACGUGCUGUCGGGCGGGGCCGACUGCUGCCUGCGGCUGUGGGACGCGCGCCAACACCCCGCCGAGGCCUACCGAGGUAUGUCGUGCAUACUCGACACAACCCUCCCUCCCGCACCACGUGCUGUCGGGCGGGGCCGACUGCUGCCUGCGGCUGUGGGACGCGCGCCAACACCCCGCCGAGGCCUACCGAGGUAUGUCGUGCAUACUCGACACAACCCUCCCUCCCGCACCACGUGCUGUCGGGCGGGGCCGACUGCUGCCUGCGGCUGUGGGACGCGCGCCAACACCCCGCCGAGGCCUACCGAGGUAUGUCGUGCAUACUCGACACAACCCUCCCUCCCGCACCACGUGCUGUCGGGCGGGGCCGACUGCUGCCUGCGGCUGUGGGACGCGCGCCAACACCCCGCCGAGGCCUACCGAGGUAUGUCGUGCAUACUCGACACAACCCUCCCUCCCGCACCACGUGCUGUCGGGCGGGGCCGACUGCUGCCUGCGGCUGUGGGACGCGCGCCAACACCCCGCCGAGGCCUACCGAGGUAUGUCGUGCAUACUCGACACAACCCUCCCUCCCGCACCACGUGCUGUCGGGCGGGGCCGACUGCUGCCUGCGGCUGUGGGACGCGCGCCAACACCCCGCCGAGGCCUACCGAGAAACGAAGGAAGAAGCGCCUAAGAAAGACAAGAAAAAAAGGAAAGACAAAAAAGAAAUCAAAACUGAAGCCAUCGAAGAUACAGAAACUGCAGAAUCUGAAAAGAACGGUUUAGCAGCGACGUUAGAAUCGAAAGUAAAAAUUUCGAAGAAAUUCUUACUGCCAACGAUCACCAAACAGAUGCAAAAGCCAAAGGCGAAGGGAGCCAAGAGGAUGCUACAUAAGUUCAUGGUGAAGAGGAACUUGGAGACGGCAGUAGAGGAGACUGAAGAAUACGAUCUCGAUUAUACCAAGAUUUUCGGUAAUUCGAAGGAGGUCAAUGAAGUGUUUGACAUGGAGAUGGAGCACCACCUGCGCGUGGGCAACACGGAGUCGUGGCUGGUGCUGUGCGUGCUGCGCGGACACAUCGACGCGGCGCUGCGCCUCGCCGCCGAGCGCGACCUGCUCUGCCCCUACCUGCUGAGCCUCGCGCCCGGCGUCUCCUCCAAGUACUGGAAAGACGCGUCUAAAUCAUAUUUGGCUCAAAUAGAUCGACUCGUCGCUAACGGCGAGGAAGAUAAAUUAGUCGUGAACAGGAACUACGGCGGGCCCGUGUACCGCAAGGUGCUGACGCUGCUGAGCCUCCAGGACAUAAUUGGCGCGGUCAAAACGCUCGUUGAGAACAAACUAUACAAGGAGGCCUACUUGCUGUGCCGGAUUAGGUAUAUGGACACGAUUGGAGACGAAGUCCUGGAGUCGUGGGUCAAGAAUUGUCUCCACUCCGGCGUGUUCGACAUGGCUGCUGUUUGCCACCUCGCCUUAGGCAACCUGCUGGAGGCGGCGACGUGCCUCAGCAAAUGUUCGGACGCGGACAGCCUGCGCCUCGCCGCCGAGCUCGCCCGCGCCGCCGGACAGACCAUCCUCGCCGACAACCUCAUAGGUACAUGUCACAAAUGUUUGGACACGGACAGCCUGCGCCUCGCCGCCGAGCUCGCCCGCGCCGCCGGACAGACCAUCCUCGCCGACAACCUCAUAGGUACAUGUCACAAAUGUUUGGACACGGACAGCCUGCGCCUCGCCGCCGAGCUCGCCCGCGCCGCCGGACAGACCAUCCUCGCCGACAACCUCAUAGGUACAUGUCACAAAUGUUUGGACACGGACAGCCUGCGCCUCGCCGCCGAGCUCGCCCGCGCCGCCGGACAGACCAUCCUCGCCGACAACCUCAUAGGUACAUGUCACAAAUGUUUGGACACGGACAGCCUGCGCCUCGCCGCCGAGCUCGCCCGCGCCGCCGGACAGACCAUCCUCGCCGACAACCUCAUAGGUACAUGUCACAAAUGUUUGGACACGGACAGCCUGCGCCUCGCCGCCGAGCUAGCCCGCGCCGCCGGACAGACCAUCCUCGCCGACAACCUCAUAGGUACAUGUCACAAAUGUUUGGACACGGACAGCCUGCGCCUCGCCGCCGAGCUCGCCCGCGCCGCCGGACAGACCAUCCUCGCCGACAACCUCAUAGGUACAUGUCACAAAUGUUUGGACACGGACAGCCUGCGCCUCGCCGCCGAGCUCGCCCGCGCCGCCGGACAGACCAUCCUCGCCGACAACCUCAUAGGUACAUGUCACAAAUGUUUGGACACGGACAGCCUGCGCCUCGCCGCCGAGCUCGCCCGCGCCGCCGGACAGACCAUCCUCGCCGACAACCUCAUAGGUACAUGUCACAAAUGUUUGGACACGGACAGCCUGCGCCUCGCCGCCGAGCUCGCCCGCGCCGCCGGACAGACCAUCCUCGCCGACAACCUCAUAGGUACAUGUCACAAAUGUUUGGACACGGACAGCCUGCGCCUCGCCGCCGAGCUCGCCCGCGCCGCCGGACAGACCAUCCUCGCCGACAACCUCAUAGGUACAUGUCACAAAUGUUUGGACACGGACAGCCUGCGCCUCGCCGCCGAGCUCGCCCGCGCCGCCGGACAGACCAUCCUCGCCGACAACCUCAUAGGUACAUGUCACAAAUGUUUGGACACGGACAGCCUGCGCCUCGCCGCCGAGCUCGCCCGCGCCGCCGGACAGACCAUCCUCGCCGACAACCUCAUAGGUACAUGUCACAAAUGUUUGGACACGGACAGCCUGCGCCUCGCCGCCGAGCUCGCCCGCGCCGCCGGACAGACCAUCCUCGCCGACAACCUCAUAGGUACAUGUCACAAAUGUUUGGACACGGACAGCCUGCGCCUCGCCGCCGAGCUCGCCCGCGCCGCCGGACAGACCAUCCUCGCCGACAACCUCAUAGGUACAUGUCACAAAUGUUUGGACACGGACAGCCUGCGCCUCGCCGCCGAGCUAGCCCGCGCCGCCGGACAGACCAUCCUCGCCGACAACCUCAUAGGUACAUGUCACAAAUGUUUGGACACGGACAGCCUGCGCCUCGCCGCCGAGCUCGCCCGCGCCGCCGGACAGACCAUCCUCGCCGACAACCUCAUAGGUACAUGUCACAAAUGUUUGGACACGGACAGCCUGCGCCUCGCCGCCGAGCUAGCCCGCGCCGCCGGACAGACCAUCCUCGCCGACAACCUCAUAGGUACAUGUCACAAAUGUUUGGACACGGACAGCCUGCGCCUCGCCGCCGAGCUCGCCCGCGCCGCCGGACAGACCAUCCUCGCCGACAACCUCAUAGGUACAUGUCACAAAUGUUUGGACACGGACAGCCUGCGCCUCGCCGCCGAGCUAGCCCGCGCCGCCGGACAGACCAUCCUCGCCGACAACCUCAUAGGUACAUGUCACAAAUGUUUGGACACGGACAGCCUGCGCCUCGCCGCCGAGCUAGCCCGCGCCGCCGGACAGACCAUCCUCGCCGACAACCUCAUAGGUACAUGUCACAAAUGUUUGGACACGGACAGCCUGCGCCUCGCCGCCGAGCUCGCCCGCGCCGCCGGACAGACCAUCCUCGCCGACAACCUCAUAGGUACAUGUCACAAAUGUUUGGACACGGACAGCCUGCGCCUCGCCGCCGAGCUCGCCCGCGCCGCCGGACAGACCAUCCUCGCCGACAACCUCAUAGGUACAUGUCACAAAUGUUUGGACACGGACAGCCUGCGCCUCGCCGCCGAGCUAGCCCGCGCCGCCGGACAGACCAUCCUCGCCGACAACCUCAUAGGUACAUGUCACAAAUGUUUGGACACGGACAGCCUGCGCCUCGCCGCCGAGCUCGCCCGCGCCGCCGGACAGACCAUCCUCGCCGACAACCUCAUAGGUACAUGUCACAAAUGUUUGGACACGGACAGCCUGCGCCUCGCCGCCGAGCUCGCCCGCGCCGCCGGACAGACCAUCCUCGCCGACAACCUCAUAGGUACAUGUCACAAAUGUUUGGACACGGACAGCCUGCGCCUCGCCGCCGAGCUAGCCCGCGCCGCCGGACAGACCAUCCUCGCCGACAACCUCAUAGGUACAUGUCACAAAUGUUUGGACACGGACAGCCUGCGCCUCGCCGCCGAGCUAGCCCGCGCCGCCGGACAGACCAUCCUCGCCGACAACCUCAUAGGUACAUGUCACAAAUGUUUGGACACGGACAGCCUGCGCCUCGCCGCCGAGCUAGCCCGCGCCGCCGGACAGACCAUCCUCGCCGACAACCUCAUAGGUACAUGUCACAAAUGUUUGGACACGGACAGCCUGCGCCUCGCCGCCGAGCUCGCCCGCGCCGCCGGACAGACCAUCCUCGCCGACAACCUCAUAGGUACAUGUCACAAAUGUUUGGACACGGACAGCCUGCGCCUCGCCGCCGAGCUCGCCCGCGCCGCCGGACAGACCAUCCUCGCCGACAACCUCAUAGCCUGCGCCUCGCCGCCGAGCUAG